AUGACAACCUCUGGCUCCGCACGCGAUACUGGCAAGAUGCCAGAACGCGAGGAAUCCGAGGAUGGCACGCCCAGUCCUAUGCCGAUACCUACGCCGAAUCCUAACGGCAUGGUGACCAUGGCAGCAGCAGAUCUCAUUGCACUCUGCGAGCGACUGAUAUCAGCACGCGCGCCGCCACCUCCUCCACCUCCUCCGAACCCUAUACCAGAAGAAGAUCCGAACAUGCUGGCUCGCGAAUACCAGAAGGAAGCGCAGGCCUCGUUGAACACAAAGUCCGUCACCACGUUCGAUGGCACCAACUACCAGACGUGGAAGAUGGCGUUCUUGUCGGAUGCAGAAGUGAUCGGUGGUGCAAAUAUUCUUAAUAAGAACCAACAGGAACCACCUGAAGGUUUAUCAUCGCUCGAUCAGCGAUAUUGGGUGAUACGUUCAAAACUUCUCUUCCGUCGCAUGUUGCAAUCCCUAGUAGGUUCUGUCCGUUUGACCAUGGGAUCCAUUCAACCCGACAACGCGGCGGCCCUAUGGAACAAGGACGGUGAUUACCUGGCGUACGUACGCCGAUAUCAAUACCUGUCUGCUCGCAUGCGACAACUAACGGAGGACCGUGGUGAGAACUACCUCCAUGAUUUCUUUAUUAUCGGCCUCCGAGAUUAUCAGAGGACCUAUGUUAAAUCACGCCUCGAUACGUUCUACGGGACGGGUCAGGGUCCGAUUGUCAACCUAGAUAUCAACGAUCUCACAAAACAAAUUGCUCACCGGAUGAGUAAAUCAGAGGGUACUGGACGCCCUAAAGCUCCAAAGGCCAACGCGGCCACCAAUGAUAAUGACAACACAACUUCCGCCGCAACCGCAAAGUGCGGAUACUGCAAGGUCCCAGGGCAUAUAAAGGCUAAUUGCUAUCAUCUGAACCCUGACAAAGCGCCCGAGUGGUGGAGGAAAGAGAAUAAGGAUAAUAAGGGCACUGACAACACUGAAGGUGCCAAAAAGAAGGGAAAGGAUAAGAAGAAGGACAAGGAUGACGACAAACCUACUGGCACCAGAGCGUCAGAUCUCCUUGCAUCGCAACCUAAUGCCAACGCAGCAAUUGCUUUAUCUACGUCGUCCGCUACAACAUCCAAACCUUGGUAUCUCGACACCUGCGCAAGCUUCAAUAUGACGGGUGAAAGGCACUCGUUGGUGCGCGCAAAGUCGUUCGAAGGUGAUUUAGAAAUUACUACCGCGGACGGUGGCGUAGGACGGGUUGAGGAGAUAGGUGAUAUCCUUCUAGAAUCAGAAGGGGGGGAUAUCUCAGUGGGUUACGUCCACUGGAUCCCCAAUCUAACAGUCAACCUUCUAUCCUUUGCGAAGCUAGAAGAUCAAGGCUUAUAG